AUGAGCGAAACUAAAGAAUCAAAUACCGAGAGCAAAGCUUUAUUAAAAAACGAUGAAUUGGUGUCUAGUGAUGAAGAAUUAGAAAAAGAAGCAAUUGCUCCUUCAGAUAACGAAGAAAUCUCAAAUGAAGAAGAAGAGGAAGAAGAUAUUAAAGAAAAACCAACAAUAAGAAACGUCUCACCAUCCAUAGCAUCUAGAAAGGAAGAAUCAGUAUCUCCUAAACAAGAGAAAAUAAUCGAACCCCCAGAAAACACAAAAGAGAAAGAAAGCAAAGCACAAAAAACCGAAGGUGAGCAAAACAAUUUGCCUCCUCCAGUUUCUCCUCGAACAUCUACUCCUCCGAUGGAUCAACAAAAUAAUAGUCAAUCUCAUUCACCAUCAGUAGUUACAUCUCCUAGGCUAUCACCACAUGCAUUAGUACCACAUGAUUCAGAUAAAAUUUAUGACGAUAAUCAAUUUUCAACCAAAAAACAAAUGAACUGCGUUGUUAUCUACUUUGGCAUAGCAUUUAUAGCUUUAGGACUUCUUUUAUUAGGCUUUGUUAUCUUAAAUAAUAGCAAAUCACCACUUGAAAAGAAGAUCAGGAAAAUUAUGUCAAUUCUUGACGAUCCUUUCAACAAAAAUCCCGUUUUUAUAGUAGAUGAUGAAGAAGAUGGAGAGGAAAUUCUCAAGUUCUUCAAAUCUUUACUUUAUACUAAAGUUUCAGGAAAAGAAAUCAGAUUAAUUUCACGGCCUCCAAUAUUUGCCAACAAAGCGAUCAUGUUUUGCCAACAAUACCCAGGGUAUGCUGUUACAAUUCUGAUUUGGGCUCUUUGCGCCUUUUAUUACUUAACACUUUUAUUUUUCAAAGCAAGAGCUCGUUAUUACCUUCAGACUGCAAUAGAUAUCAUUAGUAGCCAGCCAAAUCAUCAAAUUUACAUUGAACAGUUAAGAGAAGUUUUGAAAUCAAAAGGAAUUUGCACUUUUGGAAUGUGGGGAUAUCUUUGCCAAUUGCUUGAAUCAUCCUCAACCAUACAACGCAAUUGUCUCCCAUACUCUGAACCAUUUUACAGCAUUGUUCCAUUUUCAUCUUAA